UAAAGGCCACUUUACAAUUUUAUUCAACGAAUCCACAAAGUGGACAAAUCAUUGGAGGACCCAUAUACACACUCACAUUCAUCUAACCCAGCUAUAUCUAUAUAGCUACCCGUUGAUCCAUCUGCGACUCUCACCCACCAACCACUGCAAAAUGGCGGCCACCAGAGUCAUUGUUUCUGCUAACACCUCUGCUUCUUCCUUGUUACUGAAACCCCAUUUGUUAAAACCCCAUCAAUCCCUCAAUCUUUGCUUCAAUCUCAAUAAAAAUGCAAACUUUACUUCACUCUCCAACACCAAGAGGCUUUUUAGCUGCAAAUCACUUUAUAAACCUGAAAUUGUUACCAAAGAAGAUGGUUUGCCUGAGACCCUUGAUUAUCGUGUCUUCUUUCUUGAGAAAUCUGGCAGAAAGCUUUCUCCUUGGCAUGAUAUACCGUUGCAUGUGGGUGAUGGUGUUUUCAAUUUUAUCGUUGAAAUUCCUAAAGAAUCAAGCGCGAAGAUGGAGGUUGCUACUGAUGAGCCAUUCACUCCUAUCAAGCAAGAUACCAAAAAAGGAAAACUUCGAUAUUAUCCAUACAAUAUCAAUUGGAAUUAUGGAUUGCUUCCACAAACAUGGGAGGACCCCACAUUAGCUAAUUCUGAAGUUGAGGGCGCAUUCGGAGAUAAUGAUCCAGUUGAUGUUGUUGAGAUCGGAGAAACUCGGGGGAAAAUUGGUGAGAUUUUGAAAGUUAAGCCAUUAGGUGCUUUAGCUAUGAUCGAUGAAGGAGAACUUGACUGGAAAAUAGUUGCGAUUUCUCUGGAUGACCCAAAGGCUUCACUUGUGAAUGAUGUUGAUGAUGUUGAGAAGCAUUUCCCGGGAACUCUUACUGCAAUUAGGGACUGGUUUAGAGAUUACAAAAUCCCUGAUGGAAAACCUGCAAAUAAGUUUGGUCUUGGCAACAAGGCAGCAAAUAAGGACUAUGCGCUAAAGGUGAUCACUGAGACCAACGAAUCGUGGGCUAAACUUGUAAAGAGAUCUGUUCCUGCCGGAGAACUCUCACUUUCUUAAACAAAUUUUUUGAGCUUAUGUCAGCGUGGUGAUCAAUAGCCGUGCCUGUAUUAUUAUUCUUCCUGUAUCGUCUCUUUUUGUGACAAGGCCUGGUAUCAUUGUUACAAGAAUUCUCUAGAUUCGACUAUAGAAUGAUUUAUAUCUAUUUUGAGAUACAACAUAAAUCAUUAUUUCAGGUUUUGAAUUGGAAGUCACCCAAGCUAUUGAGCUA